AUGUCUGAUGUACCCUUACAUAGCGGACGCACCACCAUACACAGCAACAACGCGUACCACGCUGUCGGCGAGGGGGGAGACCAGCAUUUGGGGCAGCAGAAGCCUUCCGUGCGUGACAGCCGCGCUACCACCUCUGUCGAGCCGAUGACGGCAGUGCAAGUUGUCGACCGGCUGCGCUGGUGGCGCACUUAUCGUGUGCGUGAGCAGCCCAUCCCGGUCGAUCACGUUGUGCUUCGCGGCUGCUACGCCAACUACUCCUCUUUUGGCACUCGUCCCUUAGCGUCGGGCGUCGCACGGCUGCUGCAAAAGGCACGUGCAGUGCGAGAACAGUACCUCCGCGCACAGCAGCAGCAGCAGCAACAACAGGAGGCACAGCACCAAAGUCGGCAAUGCUCGAGUCUGUUGAUAGCCUCAACAGUGGGGACAUCCGUGCGCAGUGCUUCGAGUGAGCGACUGCACAACGGUCCGAGGGAGAUGGAACGCGCCACGGGUUGUAUGGCAGACGGGGAGGAGGGCCAUUAUGGCGGACGUCAACAGCAGCAACACCGUGAGAUGAAUGAGAAGGCAAAGGAGAAGCUGGACAACAAACGUAGAGCCGCGGUUACGUCAUCCUCACUGCUGCCACCGCGGCCCCUCAGUGAGGAUACUGCCGCUUUCCGCGGUGAGCCGGCGGUGCAGUGGGGUUCUUCUACUACUCAUGUUCUCUGCAGCCCACUCUCGGUGUCAGGUUCAGUCGGCACCUUCUCACCUUUCGUUAGAGCUGCUGCUGGGUCUGCACAGACUCUGGAUACGCACUCGUGUGCGCUGUAUGUUCCCUCGGAGCAGGAGGCGCGCGCCGCUGAGCGACUGCUCAUGCUCUUUCGGCCCCGCGCUGCCUCAGCACCGCUGCGGUCAUGUCGGCAUCGGUACGCUGCAGGACACCUUGACGUCGCGUCGCGUGAACUCAACGGUGAGUCGCCUCUUCAGCGCGAUCGAGGAUGCAAGGACGCCGCCGAGCCGCACCACAAGCGCAUGACCUGCAUUUCCGCAUCUGACGAGAUAACAGAUGUUCACCGGGUCCCCGGGGCCGCCGAAGCUGUGAUAGUCCUGCACCACGCCCCGCGCCUCAUUUUGUACGAGAAGGGGCUGAACCCGAAGGCGGCGCUGUGGGCGUCCGACGUUUCCUCAGACGCCUUCGAGAACCUCAACGACGCCGCGGCGGAGAGCUCAGCGGAGGUUUUCGCGCUGAGAAACCUUCCCUUGUGCGCGUUUGAGCGCUUCUUUUAUCAGCAGCAGCUCCGCGGGCUGGCGGAGACGGAGGGAAGCCGUGAGCCGGUGUUGCCGUCAACAUCGCCAGUGGCUGUAAACGCAGGCGCGGAGAGCGCUGGCGUCCCUGCAGGCGACACGGCCUCCGCUCCGACGGGCGCUGCUGCGACGACAGGCAUUUCCAGGGGUGACAGCUGUGUUGUGAAUGGCAAUGACACAUUGUUCUUCGGCUCCCCUCUGACGGCGGUCCUAGCGUGCUCGCUGAAAGGUACUGUGUCACUGUCGCCGGCCGCGGCCGGUGCACCUAGCUGCGAAGCCGGAGAUACUUCUGCCCGGCGAGUUGCACCGUAUCGCGGCCGUGGCAGAGGCAGCGGUAGGAAUAAUAGGAGGAGGGGAGGCCGGGCCGCGCUGCGUGCUGUCUCAGUGCCGGUCCUACCGCCAGUGUACAAGGGUGGCUGUCCGGAGAUGGGUGCCCCUGCAUCACACCGCCACCGCAGCUCCCGAGCGCGGCUGCAGCGACAGCAGCAGCAGAACCCGAGUCAUCCCUCUUCGAUUCUUCCGGCGGGGCUGCGCUCGGGUACGGUGUCGCAGGACGUUGCCCACUUGUGCCUCCGUGUGGAUGACCUGCAGGACGUGUACGUGUUCAAUCCAGUCGUGGAUAUGAUCGGCAAGGGUGCUUUCUCCAAGGUGUACGCGGCGGUUCCUAUCCUGCGCGGCAAAGAAGGACUGCGGCGCUUCGCCUCGCCGCUGUUUAGCAGACAGGUGGCCCCGUGCAGCAGCGCCGAGCUCGGUGGCGGUGGGCCACAGGAGGGAGGCAGGAGCGCUUCGAUUGCCAGGAGGGAGAGCUCAACGCACGGAGCUUUGUCGUCUCCAGCGCUGCGUGUGGACUCUGCGGCUGGCACUGCUGUCCGUGACACGGCUGGGCCACUGGCAGAGGAUGAGUCGAGAAAUCGCAGACCGCACGAGAAGUCACUGACCGUGUCUCUGCGCUCUAUUCCCGUUGUUGCACUCAAGGUCAUCCCGCGCAAGGCACGCCAGAAGCCGAAGGCGCCGCUUGGCUCACUUGCUGCCAUGCCUUCUGCCGCUGCUGCCGUGACGGGAAGCGCCACUUCCAAUGUGCAGCAAGCAGCGCAGAGCGAUGGCGACAGCGUGCGUCGCGAGCUUGUUGAGAUUGAGCGUGAGGUAUCGAUCCUGCGCCGUCUUCACCACACCGGCUGUUCGCAGUUUUUCGAGGCGAUUCGCACCCCAGACGCGUUCGUCAUCGCGAUGCGCGUCUUCCCUGGCAGCAUGGAUGCACAGCACUACAUCUCCCGCUACGGGGCGCCAUCGGAGGCGCGGGCGGCGCUGCUGCUUUUUCAGCUCGUCUCUACAGUGCAGUACCUGCACACCACCUUUGGGCUCAUUCACCGCGACAUCAAGCUGGAGAACGUCCUCCUGUCCGAGGCGGACGCCUCAGUUCCUGACACACGCAUUUUCGAGGUGCUGGGGGAGGCUGUACACAAGUCCGAUGCGUCGACCAUAAUGACCAUGAGUGCGUGUGGCCGACAAGGCUGCGCCUCGACGACGGUCGCUGUGGGAACGCGGACGGCGGCACAGCACAGCCGCUCGAGGGCCUCCCACAAUGUCACACGCCUGCUGCGAGUGACCCUCAUCGACUUUGGGCUCGCUCGCCGCACCCGUGUGAAUGCCCUCUCACCGACCGCUUCCGCGUCGCAUGGGCGCGGCUCAGUGGCACGACACGGCAGCCUGAACGCGUCCAGCAGGUCGCCAACGUACAUUGCCUCAUUUCCACCCACUAGUGCCACACUGGCCGCCGGCACCGCCCAAGUCCAUCGCAACGCCAGCAACAGUAGCUUCAGUGGCAGUCUAGGCUCUCCAGCGUCGCUCAGCACUGGGGGUGCUGCGGGUGCAGUGAUGCAUUUCAAUAGUGGAAACAGUUCCAGCGACAGCUACGCGGCGGCCAAGCGGGCCCCACCGAGGCCGCCACUUCUUUGCCGCCCACCCAGCACGACUGUGGGUGCUGGCAUGUCCCACCAUGGGCCGGGUGGCACAGAAUUCGGCGGGAUGGAAUGCACCAUGUCGCGCGUUGGGAUGCCUUCACCGAUGCCGUCCACGGCGAACAUGUUCACGCGCUUUCUCGAUGUAGAGGAGGAGAUGGAUGAGGAAGAGAAUGGCGGCGCCGGUGGAGCAGAGGAAUGGUGCACGCCUGCCAACCCGCUCACGAGAGCCAGGGGCUUUGGUCCAAGUAGUCGACAAGACAUGGCCGAAGGUGAGGAUGACAGCGGCGCCUUCAGCACCGGCAUGAGCGCAUCUGAGACAGAUGAUGAAUGGGAAGGCGGCAGCACAGCUGAACCAAAGGAGGGGGAUGCCCAGGAAAGGGAGGAGCACAGCAAAUCCUGGCCAAAUAAGGAGCAUGGCGCGCGCGCUGCACUCCUGUCUCCGAGCGUGCUGACAGCACAACCACAGACGCCGCCAGGAGCAGCGGUGAUUCCUCCGCAGCCUGUGCCUCCAACCCUGCCGCUUCAGGCCGGCACCACUGCUGUCACCUCUAGUCACUUCAACGCCGAAAGCAGUAGCAGCUGCUGCACCACUAGCGAUGCCGGGCUGCGCUACCGGUGUGCUAGCUGUAUUUACACCUCUCAACCUCAUCUGCCUCCGGCCACCGCGGCUGAUGUGCACUCGGCGCCGGACGACACUGAGGCAACACUACUGCUCACGCCGUGUGGUACAGAGAAGUACCUCCCGCCUGAAGUGCUCUCGUGGAUCCUGGAGAACGGCUGGGCGCGGCGCUCGACCACAGUGGGCCUCGCCCGCGCAAUGGACCUGUAUGCCAUUGGUAUUGUCGCAUAUGUGCUUCUCAGCGGCUGCUUUCCUUUCAACGCGUCCUCGCGGGCAACGCUGCUUCAGCAGCAGCAGCGGGUGCCGCGCUGCAACAGCGCUCGCUGGGCUGGCGUCAGCAGCGCGGCCAUCUCGUUUGUGCAGAAGUUGCUCGAACCGGAUCCGCGGAAACGCAUGACAGCGAAGGAGGCUCUCGAGCAUCCAUUCCUGCACGAGGUCCGCCAGCUCGCCGAGAAGUUGUCACUUGUGCCGCACGGUGAGGGAGAGGAGGUGUCACACCCGUCGACUUGGCAGGACAGUAGCCAGAUUGACAACCACCAUCGCCCCGGCAGCGGCAGCCCAGGUCGGUACUAUGACGACGACGCCAACGUGCAUGCGAGGUGGCACUGGGCCACGAGCACCACUGCAACGACGGCAACGGCAACAGGUAGCUUGCUUCGCUCGGUGCCGUCACCGACGCACGCCGACCACACGUGCUCUGGUGCCGCGAUGGAGUUGACGUCAGCGUACCAGAAUGCCAUCUUGAGCUUCGCCACCAAUGAUGCUCAGCGUCCCCCCGUAGCUGACCAGAACGGGGUCGUGAUCGUGAAUGAGUCAUCAGCGCUGAGCAGCAGCACUGGCGCACACCACAGAAGCGCUGGCGGUAGUGGGGAGCUGGCACCUCUUCAUCGUGUGGAGGGUGACACCGCGUCAAUGGCAAUACGCCUUAGCGGUAGUCGCCAUCUACCUGGUGUACCCAGCGUGUGCCGUAGCAGUGAUGAGUGCGAGGAAGACGACUUGCUCGCCUCCAUUACGCGUGAUAUGCUUGGUGGGGUACAACCACUGCUGCAGGCUUGCAAGGAGAGUCUGAGCCCGACAAGAUCACUGACGCCUGCCACGACGACGACGUCUACACCAUGCGCGGCAACGAUGGCAAGGGCAGUACCGAUCGAACUGCUUGCAUCUCCCUCUUUGGCGACACGUCCAGUGAAGCUCUCAUCAUUUUCAACCCCGCUUUCCCCCGCGACAGGCGCGGCUCCGUCAGUAGACGGUGCCGCGGCGAAGAGGGCGACGCUGCCAGAGCCAACAUCUGCCGCUGCAGCAGCAGCAUCGGUUCCAGCACUGGUGCCAAGCAGUACGUAUGAUGCAAAUGUGAAUCGGGAUGUUUCUCCUUUGCGGGCAGUGACGACCACCACUGCGGAGGUUGUUGAGGGUGGCGGAGACGACUUAUUCGAGUCCCUCUACAACAACAUAAUGCUCAGUGACUGA